UUUUAAUUAUGAGGUAAGUAGAAAGUUGGACUGUGGGGUUGCAGUUAUUUAUUCGGAUUGUGUUGAAGCUUUUGAGACAGUGUUGCAUAAACAACUCCUUUCUAAAUUAAGGGCUGUUGGUAAUGCUGUAUGUAUAUGGAUAACAAACUGGAUAAAGGAUUGUGUACAGAGGGUGGUUGUCAAAAGUACAUUCUUUAUUUGGAAUAGGUUUCUUAGUACAAUGCCGCAGAGUUUGUAUUUCAUCCACUUUUAUUGAAACAGAGAAACAUUUCUGGUUAGGGUGAAAAGGACUAAAAGGAGCCCUUCACAUUGCAAAACAUGCAGGAGCAGAUUUGUGAGAUUAGUACUUACCACAGAAAAAAUAUAUAUAUAACUGUAGUCCAGUUUGUGCCAGCUGAUUCCACCAUAAAAUAACAUUUCAACUGAAAUUAGUAUGCUAAAAUGUGAUGAAAAUAAUAAACUCACUACUGUUUUUUUAUUGAUUAAAGAAUUCAGGAGCUCAAAGCUACUGGGAUCCAUUCAAAUCAAUAAGUACUUUAGUGUGUUUGUUUGAACGGAAUUCUUUCUGUCAUUCCACUUACUCAACAGUUGUUGGGAUUUCUUGGUUUGAUUUACAGUUUUAUAUUUUGGAUCCAAGCACAAUGCAAGACAAAUAUUCUUAGGUGUUUUCACUCUUGUAACAAUAUGCUAAAUACACAAGAAUAAAAAAGUAGAGAAAUGGUCCAUGACAUUUAUUGUUUUUUUUAUAGUGGUGUAAUAGGCUGGUUGUGCCACAGUAGCAAUAAUACCUGUUUCUGACCAGCUACAGCUAUUAAUCUGCUUCAUUUCUACUACUGUUUCUAUCCAGCCUGAGCCUAAGGUCUGUAAAUGAAAGCAUGGUAACAAAGCCUGAUACCAGGCAGCUGGGUUAGUGACAUUUGUCUGGGGAAGUAAGAGUGAAUUACUUGUCUGUAUAAAGGUGAUAGUAUCUCUUUUUGUAUAUCAUAGAGGCUGAGAGUGAAACUUCACCCGUGUUAAAGGCAGUAGCCUAUUUUUGUUUUGGGGAUCCCCAUUUGGAGGGGUGCCCCCUGUCUCUUUAUAUGGACUUUCCACUGCCAGACCUACUUAUUCACAGUUCUGAAGGUGAUUCCCCAACACAGGAUGCUGAAGGAGGUGUUUCCCCUGUUUCUGAUGUCUGUGUAAAAUUGUGUUGCUGGGUCAUUUCUUUAUAUGAGAUAGAAGAGGCAAAGAAUGAGAGCCAGUCUGGGACCCCUCGUUGCUAUACUCUUUGGCACCUUGGUUUUAUUGCAACCAGUUGCAGGGUCCAGAGCAAAGGGCACUGAUGGAAAACCACAGAGAGGUAAACAAGUAAAUAACUGGCAAAAGCGGAAUGCCAAUAAAUCAGCAGCUCAUCUAGUUGGUAUCAUACAUGGUACAAACAAGACUCUGAGAUGGAAGCCAACACACGAAUUGUCCUUUAUCCGUCCUUCUAUGAAAUAUGCAGACACCAAUCUGAUAGUCCAUCGAGAUGGUCUCUAUUAUGUCUACUGUCAAGUUGGAUUCUAUGGCAAGGUGCCAAAUAUUGUGCUUUUUAAUCACGUUAUUAUCCAGCAUGAUUCCGAUACCGUAACUACCCUACUUUCGGGCACAGAAAGUGUUGUGGGUCCUCCACCAGGGUCCUCAAUGUGGUAUGCAACAUUGGCACAGGGAGGGCUUGCAAAGCUGAAGAGUGGAGACCACAUUUCUGUAAUAGUUAGCCACCCAGACCUUAUAUAUGACAGUGAUGGCAUGACUUUCUUUGGACUUAUUAUGGUCUCCUGAACCAAAAUUUGUUAUAUAUUUAAUGUACAAUAAAACAGAGAGAAGCUUUUAUUUAUGUAACAAAGUAUGGUUACAUUUUUAUAACAUAUUUUAUAAAUGUUUUCUUAUCAUAAUAAUAACAUUACAAAAUAAUAAAAGUGCCUU